CGAGGGGGCAACGGCGCAUGCUCAGGGAAACGGUGGGAACGGGCCUGCGGAGGCGCCGGGAGCGUCGCCGGAGCGCGACUGUCGAAGGCCGAGGGUGGCCGAGGCGACCGCGUGGCUCCUCAGAGGCGGCGUCUCGUCGUUUUCGCCUGACUGCUGCCCGAAUCGUCUGGCGGGAGCCUUAAGGCCAGGCAUACUUUUUGUCCAUUCUCUCGUGGUGCAUUUGAAGAGCCAACAAAAGGCCAGAGCGGUGCGAGCACGGAGGGCAGACAGGAGAGUGGCCCCAGACAUGAGCUCUGCUCCGGAAGGCAAACCCUCCCUUGGAGAAGCUGGGGCUGCCCCAGAGAGUCUGCCUGAGAUGAAGACAGAGGCUCAAGCUUUAGAAUUCUUGAUGACAAAGUCCUCAUCUACCGAAACAAAGCUCUCGGAUGGUCUUCUGGGAACUCAAGCUUGGGAAGAUAAGGGCCCAGUGCCAGGGGCCCUGCCUGCAGCAGCCUAUGUCUCAGAGGCCCAGGCAACCGCAACUCGGGCUGCAAUGGCUCAGGCUUGGGAGACUCAGGCCUUUGUGGCUAAGGCCAGGACUGGCAAUCCAAAGCAAACUGCGUUGCCUGCGGUAACUUCCUCAAUGCUUAAACAGACUCUCUCAGAUGAGAAGUUUCAGAUGACAGAAAACAAAGAGAGUAAGAUCUUCACUCGUCCACUGUGGGCUGGGAAGGUUGAAUACAUCCUGUCCCAGCUGGGCUACAGUGUGAGACCAUCCAAUAUCUGGCAUUUUAUCUACAUAUGGAUUCACUAUGGAGGCUGCAGCUUCUUUGUUAUCUACAUCCUCUUGCUGUUCUUAGUCGGGGUUCCUCUCCUCUUCCUGGAGCUGGCAGCCGGCCAGAGGAUGCGCCUGAGCAACAUGGGUUUAUGGAAGAUCAUUAGCCCCUGGGCUGGUGGUGUUGGGUAUACCAGCUUCACGGUGUGCUUCUUCACCAGCAUGUACUUCAAUGUGGUCAAUGCCUGGAUCCUCUUCUACUUGAGCCAGUCCUUUCAGUUUCCUGCUCCAUGGGAGAAAUGUCCCUUAGUGAGGAACUCCAGUGACUUUGAUCCUGACUGUGGACGGACGACACCUUCCAUGUACUUCUGGUACAAGGAGACCUUGAAGGCCUCAGACAGAAUUGAGGAUGGUGGGCCACCAGCCUUCAGUCUGACCCUGCCCUUCUUUAUAUCAUGGUGUGUUGUUGGUGCUUUCGUAUCCAAUGGGCUCAAGUUCGUUGGGAAGGUAAUGUAUGUCUUGGUACCGCUGCCUUAUUUCUUCAUCGUGUGUUUCCUCUUCUGGAGUCUGCUGCAGGAUGGGGCCACGUAUGGCCUUCAACAUUUGGUGGUUGCCAAGAUAUCAUCCAUGUACAACAUCCAGGUGUGGUCCCGAGCAGGGUGCCAAGUCUUGUUUGACUUGGGCCUAGGCUUUGGCCCUGUCGCCUCCUUAUCCUCGCACAUGGACCAAUCCAACAACUGUCUCACUGAUGCUUUUGUCAUGGCUGUGGUCAACCUGUUCACCUUGGUCAUUACCAUCCCUUUCAUCUUCUCUCUCCUGGGCCUCUGGGCUACAGUCAUCACGCACCGCUGCAGUGAGAAGAAUGUUGAAAUGCUUAUCCAGCUGAUAGCCCUGGGGGAGCUGCCUGCUGAAGUGCAGCCCCCUAAAAACCUCCUGGACAACCCAAGCUCCGUCUAUAACGCCUGGCUCGAUGACCUCCCCCAGCACAUCAGGGACUUGGUGCUGAGCCGGGUGCCUGAGUGUGACAUAAAGAAGCAGUUUCUGAAGUAUAAGGAGGGCUACAGAUUUAUAUUCCUGAACUUCAUUGAAGCCACAUCAUUCCUUCCUGGAUCCAUCUUCUGGUCUAUGCUCUUCUUCGUGACAGUGCUGAUCCUGGGACUGAGUACCAUCAUAGGGUUCAUGCAGGGACUUCUGAUCCCACUCCAGGACACCUUCUCGUCCUUCAGGCGGCACAGAAAGCUGUUCUCAGUGUUCGUCUCUAUGCUACUGUUCCUGUGCGGCCUCUUCUUCCUUCGACCUCCAGGCGUCUACUUCUUCAGUCUGCUGCAUGAACACUGGACAGUCCUUCCCAUCAUCAUCAUUGUCAUGUUUGAAAACAUUACCAUAGUGUGGGCUUAUGGGUCCAGGAGGUUCCUUGAAGACCUUACGAUCCUGUUGGGCCAUCCCAUCUCCCCCAUCUAUGGCUGGCUGUGGUGCAGUCUGUGUCCGGUUAUGUUGCUAGUCAUGCUUGUGGUAACUGUAGUUCGUCUUGCUAUGAAGAACCUCACCUACGUGGCCUGGGACUCGAGCAGUUCAAAAGAGGUGAUUCGACGAUACCCGUCGUGGGCACUGGUCUCGAUGAUCAUCCUCUGGCUCGCUGCAAUCUCCCCCAUCCCUGCAUACUUCGUCUACUGCCUCAUCAACAAGAUCCCCUUCAGGUCUAAGAUGGAGGACAAGCAGGCAGUAACCUCCAGUUCCCUCUUCCCAAGUAACCGGAUAAUGCCCGGUCAGGAGGUCCAAAAGGCAGAGAUUCUGCAAGAUAAAGCAAAGGCUGAUCAACCUGCUGUGUGACUUCCUAACUUCAUUCAACACACACCCCUCAAGAGGUCUGACUCCGUGUCAGCUUCCAGCCGGUGGUGUCCCUAGAUCCAGAAUCACUGGUAUUCCCAAAGGGAGGGGAAUUGUUUGGGUGGCCAGUGGAGUCUGGUUUUGAAGUCCCCUCCUGGGCCCUGCCUUCCCCAGUUACCACUGUCACUGUGUCUUCCCAGUCCCUUACUUCAGUACACACACACACACGUCAUACGUGCUAUUGAUGAUGCCUGGCCUGGAGCUGGAGGAGGAGUACUGCUGUCAAUAAAUCAGCCCACUGGGACUCCAA